ACAACUGAGGAUUUCCAACGAGUGACAAUUGGAAUGUGUGGAAUUUGAUUGAAUUUUAUGAUGUUUUACAGUUUUAAUACUUUAAACAGGUGACACUUUAAAACAAUUUACGUCUUUUAACCAAAUUUAUGCAAAAAGUGUGUGCAUGUAAUCAAUAGAACGGCUUGUAGCAAGCACAUUCCACAGGUGUCUAAGCACCGUAAGGUGAUGCAUGUACAAAUAUUUGUGCAAUUUUGGGGUUGGACUGUGUGUACUUAUAUAUGCUUACUAGUGACGUUGAAGGCAGUUUAAUUAUGAUGAAGACGCGGUCCCAUCCUACUGAUGGGUCUAGGUUGCGAUGAAUGUAGUUAAUCAGUAUGUCGAACGCGACACAAUCUGCUAGCGGCAAGAAGAGAAAGGCUGUUUGUGUCCACCUGCUUUAUAAAGAAGAAUAUAUCUGCUAUGUUGAUGUAAAAUCCAAGUUUCAAGAUGUGUUUAACCAAGUGACCACUCACCUUACACUCCGUGAAACAGAGUACUUUGGAUUGGCAUUUAAAAAAGAUGGUGAAUACCAGUUUGUGUCCAACGAUGACAAGAUAACCAAGCACACAGACAAGACAUGGAAGUCUGGUCCUGGAGAUGGAUUUGAUGGACAUGGAAAACCGAUCUUGAUGCUUCAUUUUCGAGUUCAGUUCUAUGUGGAUCAGGUUGUGCUGCUGAGGGAGAAGGUUACACGCCACCUGUACUACCUGCAGCUGAAGGACAAUGUUCUGAAGUUCAAGCAGGGUUGUCCUGAGGACCGGUGCUUCCAGGUGGCAGGCUAUGCACUGCAGGCAGACUUCGGCAACUUUGCUGCUGCCUCUAAGAUGCAGGAAUACUUUGAUCCACGAGAAUACUUCCCAGCAUGGAUGGUGCAGGCCCAUGGUGAGGACUACAUUGUGAACAACACCCCGGUGGUUCACAAGGACCUCCACAACGUGUCAAAGAGCGAGGCAGAGUGGCGCUUCAUCAAGGAGACGUCCCAGCCCCCCGCUGCACACAACCUCCACUUCUACCGGCUGAGGAAGAAAAAGACAGACAAGACGUGGAACGCCUGGCUUGGGGUCUGUGCCAAAGGCAUUGAAAUUUAUGAGGAUAUGGAUGAUGGAUUUAAAAACUUGAUAUCAACAUUUCUGUGGCCAGAUAUUGGAAAACUUACAUUUGAUAAAAAGAAGUUUGAGAUUAGAUCUGUGGGGAUGCCAGCUGGACGCAAGUUCACCUACUAUACAGAGUCGGACGUGAAAUCAAAAUACCUGCUAACCUUUUCUAGAAAUACACACAUGUUCCAAAUGGCAAUACAACCAAAACUGAUGGAGAUCAGACAUUUAGAGGAAGAAGACAAAAGACGGUACAGAGAAUCCUACGUGUCGAGUGACCCAAGGGACACUGUUGGUACCCCGGGCUCCUAUAGGAUGAACAAAUCUCCCCUGGCAGUGAAGAUGGGGCUCGGUAACCGCUACUCUGUGGUCAGUGAUGCCAGCUCUAACACCACGUCGGGCAUUGCCAGUGACAAGAUGACGGUCAGUUUUGAGGAAAACGACGAUGCCAGUAAAGAGAUUAUUAUUGAUGGACCUCCCAUGUUGCUGAAUACUCCUAGUCAAACCAGGUCAUCUCUUGUUUCCACUUUACCAGGUUACAAGCCAUCCCCCUUAUCUGGUUCCAACAGGAGCCCAGUCCUGGAGCAUGGCUCCCACAGUCACUACAGCACCUACACCUUCCCCACCUCUCACACGCCACACUCCCGCCUCACCAACCAGAACAACGUCAGCUCAGGAAGUGUCACCUCCGACCGCAGCGGCCAGUCAGAAGGAAUCUCCCUGGAGAGCAGUGGUAGCAGCGGCAGCUACAGGAAACGCUUCAAGUCUCCUCAGACCACCUCGAGCGUGUAUACCACACUGUUUCCCUUGUACUCGCCUAUGCAAUCUGAAACCGGUGCAAGGGAAAAGUUGGGUAGGCACUCACACAGCAGCAGAAAAGACAGCUUUAAAGACAUUUUAUCAGAAAUUCGCGCUCAUCAAAACCCAAACAGCUUUCAAGCAAUGAACCAGCAUCCUCACUACACAGACUCGCCCCCACUGAGCAAUAUGGCGUCAUUUCACAUGGAAGAUCUGGACUCCAUGAUGGGCAGGCCUCUGUCUCUGUCGGGGUCCUCUGACCAGCGUGGAAACAAGUCUUACAGCAGUGACAUGUCCCACUCCUCACAUCACACCAGUGUCAGCACGGUCACCUCGCAUGACUACGAGAACGUCAUCAUGCUGCCACACAAUUCUUCAAAGGCUUUUGUUCUGGAGGAUGCAAGGCUUCAGGAGGCAGAAGUGUCCCUGGUGCCCAUGCAGUUUGUGGAUGGUAAGGCCCUGCAGGACAUACCUGCCGAGCACUUCCACCUUCACAGCCAGUCCGAGACGGAGCUGGCAGUAGCACACCUGCCUGAGGAUGAUAGGGUUCAUGAAUAUGUGGAUCUACAGGUAUCAGAUGAAGGUGAGGAGGACAGUGGAGGCAGCCUGGAGAAGAAGCUUACCCACAUCAGCGUGAACAACAAGAAGGAGGUCCUACAUCCAGAGAUUGAGGAGAUCAGGGGCAAGUCACAUGCUUUCUCCCUGCCCUUCAUAUCCGCACUGAUCGCUGAUAAGACCCUGCAGUCUGUACACAGUCGAUCAGGCAGCAUAGCAGGCUCAUAUGACAUGUCUUCCAUCAGAUCCACAGACUCUCGGAUAUCUAGAAUCUCACACGACACCGACGGUCGUAGACUGUCCAUAUCCGGUUACCCCACUGGAUUGCUGCAAAAUGGCCAUAGCUCGUUCAACUCUCACCGGCCAUUCAGCUGGCACAGUGAAAACUUUGAUCUUGAUGCCCAGUUGGCUAACCUGACUGGCGGCAGUCAGCCGUUGUCAGAGAACCAUCGCAGUGUUCCGCAGAGUUUGUACAGCUCUGACACUUCCUGGGCGAAUACAUUCGCGUACGCCAUUCCAUCCAGCCAGGAACGGUACUCGCCCGAACUGAUUGCAUCGCAGCUCAUGAUUCCGCCUAAAUUGACGAGCGGUGGGCAUAAUGCACAAGACGCCAACAUUAGACACAAGUCGCUAUUGAAGGAAAAUGUGGGAAUAGCAUGAUAAUUCUUCAACAGAACCAAAAGAUAGGAUACCUGGCCAUUUAUUAAUUUAUUUUUUUAAGUACUUGAUUGUACAUUGAAUUAGUCCAAAUAGUGCUGUAAUUUCUCUUUAAGUUUUUAAGCAAUCUCUUUUUUAGCUUUAAUAAUUAAUUUUAAGUUCUUAUUAUUCAGACUUCAAGAUUUUCCCCUAUAAUAAAUUCUUCUAAAUUUGCAUACACUUCUAAAAUUAUCAAAUGUGAUCUUAAAUCUUGAUCUUUGUUUAUGAAACUUUGAGAGCCAUAGGUUAAACUGAAUGAUUGUAUUAAGAAAAAAUGAGUUCAAGGUUUGGCUUUGUAUCAUUUUCUGCAUAAUAUAAAGUAGAGUCUUUUAUGAUGAUCUGAUUGCUACUUUAUAAAUUCAGUUAUCUAAUGCAAAAUGUUCUGUGAAAAAAAGUGAGUGUGACAAAUAUGCUGCAAUUGAAUUUUGCCAUAUUUGAAGAUGUUUAAGAUGAUUCAAUAAAAAAAAAGUAUCAUAAUGUAUGCAUUUUAUUUUUGUUCAAUAAUAUAACAUUCAUACUAAUGGUUAUCAACAGGCAGAUAUUGUUGCACACAGGAAUAUAGGAACGUCAAGACAACCCAUUUAAUGUCAUUUUGUCUCUUAAUUUUCAGAUAAUUUUUGGAAUAUCGUAACGAAAAUUAAAUUAUAUUUAAGUAUCCAAACACUGAAGAGUAACUCCAGUAUUUGGAAUUACCAAUACAAGUUUACAUAAAACAGUCUGUAGACGAUUAAAAUGAGUGUUUAUUGUGACAGUGAUUUUUAUGCCCCAUUUCGAAGAAGAGGGGGUAUAUUGCUUUGCACAUGUCGGUCGGUCGGUAGGUCUGUCGGUCGGUCGGUCCGUCCACCAGGUGGUUUCCGGAUGAUAACUCAAGAACGCUUGGGGGUAGGAUCAUGAAACUUCAUAGGUACAUUGAUCAUGACUUGCAGAUGACCCCUAUUGAUUUUGAGGUCACUAGGUCAAAGGUCAAGGUCACGGUGACCCGAAAUAGUAAAAUGGUUUCCGGAUGAUAACUCAAGAAUGCAUACGCCUAGGAUCAUGAAACUUCAUGGGUAGAUUGAUCAUGACUCGCCGAUGACCCCUAUUGAUUUUGAGGUCACUAGGUCAAAGGUCAAGGUCACGGUGACCCGAAAUAGUAAAAUGGUUUCCGGAUGAUAACUCAAGAACGCAUACGCCUAGGAUCAUGAAACUUCAUGGGUAGAUUGAUAAUGACUUGCAGAUGACCCCUAUUGAUUUUGCGGUCACUAGGUCAAAUGUCAAGGUCACGGUGACCCGAAAUAGUAAAAUGGUUUUCGGAUGAUAACUCAAGAACGCGUACGCCUAGGAUCAUGAAUUUUCAUAGGUAGAUAGAUCAUGACUCGCAGAUGACCAAUAUUGAUUUUGAGGUCACAAGGUCAAAGGUCAAGGUCACAGUGACCCAAAAUAGUAAAAUGAUUUUUGGAUGAUAACUCAAGAACGCUUUUGCCUAGGAUCAUGACACUUCAUAGGUACAUUGAUCGUGACUCGCAGAUGACCCAUAUUGAUUUUUAGGUCACUAGGUCAAAGGUCAAGGUCACAGUGACAAAAAUAGUAUUCACACAAUGGCUGCCACUACAACAGAAAGCCCAUAUGGGGGGCAUGCAUGUUUUACAAACAGCCCUUGUUUUUCUUAAUUCUGUCAUUUUGGUGUGAUUUUUCUGCCCAAAAACAUGUGUAGACGUCUUUAAUUGCUUUUUGAUUGUAUUACUUCUGUGGAAAAUAGAAUACCAGUGUAAUGAUAUCCAGAAAUUAUGUCUUGUGUUUUUGCAAUGUUUUUUGCAAUACUUAUUGGGUUCUGUCUUUAUGGAUAGGAGAAAAGUUGUAUUCAGCCUUUGUAUGCUAUGUUUUGGUUCUGUUGCUGCAUGAAGAUCAGAGAUUUGGUUAAUGUGAUAUUCAUAAAUUCAGAACAGUUGUAUUUAUUGUCCAGUCUUUGCCAAUCAAAAUUGUAGUUGUAUUAUUGUUCUUUGAUAAUGUUGUUUACAUUUUUUACAAACACAUGUACAUAUUUUUAUAUGGUAAGUUUAUUUUAUAUCAACAGCAAUACACACUUUGUGGAGGCUUCUCUUGCAGAUAUCCUCCAGAUAUUUUAAUAUACGGACAUGCUUAUGAGUUUGGUUAGCUACAUCAGUUGUUUUUUAAUUUUCUUACAUUUUAUACAUUUGAGUUGUGUUCUGAGAAAACUGGGCAUAAUGCAUGUGGUCCGCACAGGCUAAUCAGGGACGACACUUUCCCCUUUUAUGACAUUUUUGGUUUAAAUGAAGUCUCUUCAUAGCAAAUAACCAAUUUAGGUGGAAAGUGUUGUCCCUGAUUAGCCUGUGUGGUGUGCACAGGCUAAUCUGGGACGUCACUUUACGCUCAUACAUUAUGCCCAGUUUUCUCAGAACACAACUUAUUUGUAUACCUGGUUUGGAACUGCGUGGAUUUCCACACACCUGUGACAAAAUACCAGAGUGUUUUAAAUUGAAGUCAAUUUUUACUCAAGAUUAACAAAAACUGUUAUACUAAACAUUAUGUUCAACAUUAUCUAACUAAGAUAUAAAAAAAAUGCUUUUGGGGGGAAACUGAUUGAAUUUUUCUAUUUUUAUUGUCUUAUAUAUGUGUCUUGUUCUGAGAAAACUGGGCAUAAUACAUGUGCGUAAAGUGACGUCCCAGAUGAGCCUGUGCAGUCCACACAGGCUAAUCAGGGAUGACACUUUCCGCCUAAGCUUGAUUUUCGGUAAGGACGGACUUCCUUGAAACUAAAAAUACCAUAAAAGCGGAAAGUGUCGUCCCUGAUUAGCCUGUGCGGACUGCACAGGCUAAUCUGGAACGACACUUUACGCACAUGAAUUAAGCCCAGAUUUCUCAGAACAAGACACAUAUAUUCAAGUUCAUGAAGUUUUCAUGCAUUUUAAACAUCAGACAUGUUGUACAUAUACACUUAUGUAUAGUUCAUAGUGCAAUAUUCUAUACAGUAUAUAAAUAGUAUAUUUGUACAAAGAGUGUUUAUAUUCAUAGCAGAAAUUAUAUAUAUAUAUCUAUUUCCAAGGAUUGUUUUUCGUAUGUUGAGUAAAUACUUUUUGAGAAUGGCCAAAAAACUUGUAUGCAAUUGUAAUUAAAUGUUGCAAAAGAUUAUCAUUUUCAAUAGGUUUACAUGUAUGUUCUUCUUUGUUUAGCUUUUGGAAAGUAGAGUUAAAUUUGUAGCUGUUUGAUAGAUCUAGUGCAUACAAAUAUAACCAUUUUCUUGAGCACUCUUGAUCAUGUGUUUUGUCAAAAUAUGAUCAAUUGGUGCAUGAUUUCAAAAACAAGAACCCUAUAUUUUGUGACUGCAGAUUUCUUAUAUACGUAGAAAAUUGAACCUAUUAUUUGCAUGUUAUUUUAAACAAAGACAGUUAAUUUACUCUAUUGCUGUAUUGAUGAGCAUCCUGCAAAAUGGGUCUCGUGCUGAAGUGGCCAGAGUAGCUCCAGUCCACGUGUUCAUCCGAGCAAACAGGUUAGGAGCUACCCUGUCCGCUAAAGAGACCACGAAACCUUGUGUGACUAGUUGAUAGGGUAGCUCCUUCGGGUGCACAGGUUUGCCAGUAGCUGUGCUUGCUGCAUUAUAUCCAGUUUUGCAAGAUCCUGGGUCCUUCUGUUGCAGCAGCGGUUUGUUUUCUAUGAUUUUUUAUCAAAAUGUGUCAACUUAAUUUGAUUAAGGCCAGAUCAAGCAAUGGGUUAAAUGUAGAACACAACUUGUAAUGUGUUUUUAAAUGAUACCUACUGAACCCUUAAGUUAUAACACAACUAUACUUAAAUGUAGCAUACAUUCUGAAUAACAUAUUUCUGGUGGGUCUUGGUUUCUGAAAUUCUGUUUUGUAAUUUUGCUUUGUUUUGGUAUGACCUGCAUAUAUAACUAUCAAAGCUUACCUCAAGUUGAAGUUUGUAAUGAAGGAAGGAUAACAAUUUAUAUAUUUUGUGUCUUUUAAAUGAAGAAAGAACACACUACAACUCCCAUGAUAGGUAUACUAACUUUUGAAUGUGUAACAAAGGGUUGUCUAGCUGGUACAGGACAGCAAAAUAAUAUGAUGCUUGCACAUGUUUAUUAUUUGUAUCUGUACUAAUUUUGUAAACACUUUUAUUAUCAGUGUUCAAACUGUUGUGUUGAAGCUUUACAUGGCCGACGUCCAUGUGUUUUAUGCCAGUUUGUAUGCCUCCCUUUUUAUAAGGCAGGAUAUAGCAGUUGCUCUGUCAGUCUGUGGGUGCAAAGUUUGCUGUGUCAGCCUUUACUGUGCCAUAUAUGGAUGGAUUUUUAUAUAACUUGUUACCAGUGUCCACCAUAAUAAGACAACCAACCUAUUUUUUGUAAUAUCUGUCCCCCUAUCUGAAAAAUCAAGGUCAAAAAGAAAGGUAAAAGGUCCAACUUGGCGUAAAAUAACUUGAAAGCUGCUUUCUCAUGCAUAACUUUUCCGUAUACUAAUAUUAUUGGAUUUUAAAUAAACAUGACAAAAAUGCUAUCCAGCAUAAGAUGACCUUGUUACUCUUGUCUCUUUAACUCGAAGGUCAAGGUCUUAUAGUUCAAAGGUCAAAUUUUGCCAUAAAACUGCGUUCCCAGGCUCUAACCUUGUCAUUCUUCAUGCAAUUAAUAAAUAACUUACAUUUCUUGACAAUAAUGAGUACAGGGCUCGAAUUAAACUUUUCUUUCUACUAGCAAAACAUUGUAAGCAGCUUAAAUACCAGCUUGCAAAAUCAAAAACAUUCUCGCAAAAUUUGCUGGAAACAUAAAUAAAAGCAAGUUUGGACAUUAUAUUAGUACUAUUAAAACUAAAUAAAAUAUGACAUCAACCACAAGUUUUGGUUAUGAAGUUCUUUUUCCCACUUUUUACUGUUUUCGUGGAAGAAUUUAAUUUCCGUUUUUUUUCUCUCAACUCAACGGUUAACUUUGCUUUAUAUUUCGUAUUGUUAUUUCAAUCUUUGGGCAAAAAGAAACUUGUUAUUUUUCGCUUCGAUGACAUGACUGUUAAGGUAUUUUGUCUUUUAUAGUGAACAUGUGUGGAUAAUCGACUGUUUCAUGUUCUUUGUACCAAUACCAUCCGCAUAUAUGUACUAUAAGUAUACCAGUCUACAUACAAGGUGCGAGCUUCUGCAUAUGGGUAUUCGUAGGUUCUAUUAAUUGACCUGCGGUUUAGCGUUCACAACGUCGAGCGCAUUUAGCAAUAUAACUCUUUUUUUUCACUAUUUCUUCACUCGCAAAAAAUUCUAGUGGCUUAAAACUUAACUCGUAAUCGGUAUUUUUCACUCGCAUUUUGUGAGUGUGCGAGUGUUAAUUUCGAGCCCUGGAGUAGACUGCAUAUUGUGAGUAAAACCUGUCUCAUUACUUUAAAUGCAAACUCUUGUUUAACCAUGAUAAACAUUUGUUUGCGAAAUAAGUUUUGCGACAAAAGCGGAUUGUGGGUGACACCAGUGCCCUUUGGAUACGUGAAUUUAUAAACCCUUUUUGUAUAAUCUGUUCUUCCAUUGGCAUUUCAGUUCAGGUAUUUUUAUUAGAGUCAUAGAUGUUGAUUUUAUUUUUUUGUAACCAUUUUGUCUGUAUACUGCUGGAUUAUGACGUUUUUUUAUUUGUUCAUGUGUGUUAAUGAAAACAAGAUACCCAAUAUAUCUUGCUAAAUGAUAUUAUUUUAUAACACAUUUUACAUUUAUCACAUUAUCUUUUUGCUCAUUCUAUUGUGCCAUUGUAGUUUUAUCUGCAAGGUGUUUUUACCAUAGUUUUGAUAAAGGUGAAAUGCUUUGCGGAAUGUUUUAUCAAAAUAUCUUUAGAAUAAUUCAUUUAUGUUUAUGUUUUGACACAUCAGUUCUGAAUUUUAAUACACAUACUUAAUUGAGCCUUGUUUUUGGAAUACUGGGCUUAAUGCAUCUGCCACUUUUUUCCUAAACAGGAUUUUCCCUAAGAAGAGACUUCCUUUAAACAAAAAAUACUUUAAAAUCCAAGUGUUGUCCCUGAUUAGCCUGUGGUAACUGCAAAGGCUAAUUGGGACGACACUUUCGCACAUGCAUUAAGCCCUGUUUUUCCAGAGCAAGGCUCAUUUGUUUUUACGCAUUGUUUGUAGGUAUAAUUAUGCUUGCUGUUAAGAGGAAACAGAAAAAAAUCUUAGAUUUGAGAUGCCUAGUAUGUAUAUAGACCCACUAGUGAUAUGUAUAGGGACUUGGUGGGGUCCACACACAUAUAAAAUAUAUAUCUUAUAUAACCAAAUACUCCCAAUAAAUAUAUUAUUUUCG